UUUUUUUCCUCUUUCUGGGUGUUGCCUGCCUGCUUUACAACUUUGGAGUUUCACCGGGGUGUUGCCGACAAGCAGAGACAAGCCGGGCCAGUUCCUACAGCAACAUUUUAAAACUUUUUGGACCUUUUUUUUUUUAAUUAUUGUGUUUAAAGCUGCAGUUUUCCAGGCGACGCCGGACCGCUUUAUUUUAGCCGCCGUUAGCCUGCUAAGCUAACCGCCAUCGAGCUGCUGUACCGUCGGCUGGGUUGCUAACGAGAGAGCCGUCCGAUGCAGGCCAUAAAGUGUGUGGUGGUGGGGGACGGGGCUGUGGGUAAAACAUGCCUACUCAUCAGCUACACUACCAAUGCCUUCCCUGGAGAGUACAUCCCCACAGUCUUCGACAACUACUCCGCUAAUGUGAUGGUCGAUGGGAAACCGGUGAACCUGGGUCUGUGGGAUACAGCAGGGCAGGAGGACUACGACAGGCUCAGGCCACUGUCCUACCCACAAACAGACGUCUUCCUGAUUUGCUUCUCACUAGUCAGUCCAGCUUCCUUUGAAAACGUCCGUGCCAAGUGGUACCCUGAGGUGAGACACCACUGCCCCAACACACCUAUCAUCCUGGUGGGCACCAAGCUGGACCUGAGAGACGACAAGGACACGAUCGAAAAGCUCAAGGAGAAGAAACUCUCUCCCAUCAUCUACCCUCAGGGCUUGGCCAUGGCUAAAGAAAUAAGCUCAGUGAAAUAUCUGGAGUGCUCAGCUUUGACGCAGCGCGGCCUUAAGACAGUGUUCGACGAAGCCAUCAGGGCGGUCCUGUGCCCCCCACCGGUCAAGAAGAGGAAGAGGAAGUGCACAUUAUUGUAAUGGAGAACCACAGGGAGUAGAAUAUAACCGUUGCAGUUAGAACUCGCCUACUUGGAGGGAAGAAGAUGGGCGGGUUCUCCCAAAUAUCUAUUCACCCCGUGUCCUUGCUUACAUAGAAGCUUCGUUAGAUCAGACUUUCCAUCUGAAAGAACUUUACAGGUUUAAGCAGUGCUGAGGGGUUUUUUUCUGUCAGAUGUGUUGUCUGAACGCUUACGUCUGUCUAGUCCUUUCGGAUCAACAGGAAUGAAGUGAUUUUGCUAGGGCCUUGGGGAAUGUGAGGGCGGGAGGGGGUUUUAAUUUAGGAUCCGAGGAUGAUUCAGGAGAACGAGGGAGGAUCUUACAAAAACACUUUCAUGUUAUUUUCCUCAGACAUUGUGAAGAAACACUACUUGAACUUGAAUUUAUUGUGAAAUGCCCGUAGAUCUAACUCUAUAAAAGAAGGAGGUCCUGCACUGCACUCUUUCCCCUACACACUAAGAGAUUCCUGCUGCCUUGAUGAAAUUUUAGUUUAAAACAUUUUUUUUUUCUUUUCUUUUAGAAGAACUACUUUUUUCCUUUUUUUUUUUUUUUUUUUCAUUGUCAGUUGUUGUCGUUGACGGACCGUUUUGUUUACAUCCGACUAGACUGAGGUGCUGCCAAAACUCAGUUAACGGUCAUUACUCUGUAGUCCCUCUGUGAACACUAAAAUGUUGUUUCUCUUCCUUUUUUUAAUUUCGUUCGAACCUCUACGAGUUACCAUGCAGUCGCGAGUAAACAGUUUAAAGCAGAAAUGUCGUAGCAGCUGCCGAGAAGUACGGAUCGCAGCGAGCAGCACGUAGAACAGUCUCUGCUCGAGGUUUUAAUCUUGUCUAAAGUUUUAUCCACAGUAUUUUAAAGCUGACUGUCGGGCAUGUGAAGGUGCAGUGCAGCCAGCGUCGUCGUGCUCGCUCAUUUGUUAGUUUUCAGUCACGGUUAAACCCAUCAUUUCUAGUCUUCACUACAUUCUCGCUCAGAAAGUGCUCUGGCUUUGUGUUCAAUCAUGUAGCUACCACAGGAAGGUGCGUAACCAUUUUAUUUUUACCCCCUUUUUAUUACUGCGGUUAUGAAGUCUGUGAGCCAGUGUAGUAAUAUCUGAAGGUCGGAACUCAUCCUAAUGCAUCGAUUGUACAACAUUGAACGGUAACUACUAUUUUAUUUUGAAGUGAGCAAUGAUCAAACUCCGAGCUCCGAGGGAACCACUAAAUCUGGACUCAACAUUUUAUCAGUGUUUCUUUGGCACAGAGGAAUCAGACACAAAUUUACUUUCUUACUAAAUGUGGUUUCAUUUUCACAUAGUAAUGUGCUGAUUUUUUUUUUUUAAAGCAAAUAAAUUCAUUCAAAAUGC